UUAAUGGUAUACAAAUAAUCACGUGCUAUGUUUAUGUUCUAAAUUGUAUCAGAUAUUAUACGAUUUGAAUUAAUUUAAUGCAUUGCAUUAAUAAAUAGGAACAGAAAAAGUAAUGUUCCAUAUAUUUUUCAUUACUUUUUUAAAGUAAACGUUUUAAAAAAUAAAGAGAAAAAAAUCUUUGACGAGGUUAUGAAUAAAUAUUAAGGAUAAGUGCUGAAGGCUCACAAGUUUCUUCCCUUUUCAAUUGGAUAUUUGAAAUAUCUAAUACGUUUUUACGAGGAUAGGAAUUAAAAAGGAAGAAACAAGAAAGAAGAAACAAAGAAAAAGAAAUAUGUCAACGUGUAAGUUUGAUAUAUUUAUCCAUGUAAAUAUAAAAAAUAAAGUGUCUAUUAAGGGCACAAGGGAAUAUCGAUGUUGACAUAAAAUUUUUAAUUAACCUUAUUGUGAAUCUAUCGAAAAGAUCAAUAAAAAGUGAAUGUGCGAAUAAAAACUAUAUAGUUAUAAUCGUCAAAAAUGAUCAUUCGUAAAACGAUUUGGCCUCGCACAUUAAGUGACAUUUGUUCUAUGAUAUUUAUAUUAACAAUUGUACCAUUAAUAUAUUGGUUCGAGUUAUGGGUAGUAUUACCUGCAUUAUAUAAGCAUAAUACAAUACCAUAUUUUAUGCACUUUAUUAUAGGUAAUUUUAUAAUGUUAAAUAUUGUGGGUAACUUUACCUAUACGGUAUUGUGCGAUACUAGUAUUAAUAGAACUAUUGUACCAGUGAGUACAGCUAGCUCUAAGAAUGGAUGGAGAUUAUGUGCAACUUGUGAAAUACUUGCUCCACCUCGUUCAUGGCACUGUUCAACGUGCGGAACAUGUAUUCUAAAGCGUGAUCAUCAUUGUAUCUUUACAGGCUGUUGUAUUGGUUAUUUUAAUCAUCGAUACUUUUUAAUGUUCCUUUUCUAUUUAUUCAUUGCUACAGUUUAUGCAUUUUGUUAUAAUAAUUAUUUUAUUUGGGCUAGAAUAAAUUUUGAAUUUCCAAUGUCCAUUAUAAAAAUAAUAUUUCCUUUGGCAAUAUUUGUUUUUGGAUUUGAUGGUUCCGUAGAACAAUUUUAUUUAUUACUUUAUAUUGUAUCUGUUGUAGGAAUGUUAUUUACAGGUGUUUUAUGCAUUUAUCAUUUUCGAUUAGUUUUUAAUGGAUGUGUAGCAAAUGAAAGUAAUAAAAAUAUGGAUACAUAUGAUCUUGGUUGGCAACAGAAUAUAAAGGAAGUUCUUGGUAAACGAUGGUUUUUAACAUGGUUGAUUCCAUAUAUAAAAUCUCAAUUACCCCAUGAUGGUAUUACUUGGGAUACAAAAAGUACAUGGGAAAUUAAUAAUGCAAAAAGUAAAUGAAUUAAUUGAUGUGCGUUUCUUCAUCUGAAAUGCAGUUGAAACCCUCCAACUUGAAACAUUUUCAAACAAAAGUCAUUUCUAUGAGCUAUUAAUUUAAGAUGUAUAAAAUGUCUUUUUCCAUUUUUUUUUGUCACUGAAAAGUUCUUUUUAAUUGGAAUUUUUCUUAUUAAUUAUGAAAUUGCAAGUUAUAAAAGCUCAACUGUAUUUUAUAAAUAUUUUGUAACAUCAUUAUCAUACAGUCAUACCAAAAAUUUGUUUCAUAUACAUACUUGUGCAUAC